AUGGCGCCGAGUGAAAGAUCCGCGUGUUACGUUCAUCCUUCGAAUUAUCUGAGAUGGUCCGAUGAGAAGCCAGAUCCGAGGAAGAAUGCUGGUAUUGUACUGAACUAUCCGGGGAGAAGUGAAUAUCAGGAUCAGUAUCUGAUACCCACAUUUGUAGAAACCGGUAUGGAUAAGACUAUGCCACCAGCCACACAUCGAGCCACGUUUGAACAACCACCGGGAAUAUGGGGACGCGGUUCCAUGGUUGGAAUUGAUCCGGCCCAGGUGCAAAAUAAGGGUUACGGAGUAAAUCCACGACCGGACUAUUUGCGGGAGUUCGCUAAACCACAGGAACCGCAUCCUGCCGAUUUGGAGUUUCCCAAAUCUGAAACUGCUACAAGCUAUGUGUGGCCCGAAUUACCUAAACCAAAAGAACUACCACUGGCGAUGGAGUAA